AUGCCACCAGGGCCAUUUCCACUCCCAAUUAUUGGUAAUUUUCACCAGACGGGUUUCAAUCCUCCGUUCUCCAUGGAGAAACUUCGUGAGAAAUAUGGCGACAUUUAUACAGUAAGCUUUCCAAUUGGAACAUUUGUUGUUGUGAACGACGGUCAACUCGCUCGUGAGAUGAUGGCAAAAGAUGAUUUUGCUUGUAGGCCGGGAGCAUUGACAUUUCCCUCCCUGGAAGUAUUUGAAGGAAAAAAUAUUGUGUACUCCGAGCUUGGAUCUAACUACACGUUCAGACGAAAAAUUGUCACAUCAGCUUUACAUGUCUUCGGCGAGGGGCUACAACUUGCUGAAGAACGUGUAAACAUUGAAAUUCAAGAGCUUUUGGACCGUUUAUACUCAACUGACGGUGAACCGUUUUGCAUCCGAGAACAACUAUCCAUGACCAUGAUUAAUGUGAUUACACGAUGGAUGUUCACAAAGCAAUUUGAGUUUGGUCAUCCAACACUAAAAAUGCUUGCUGAUUUGGAUGAAAAAAUGAUGACUUUAUUUCGGCAAGGUAGUUUUUAUCAAGUCUUCCCAUUUCUGAAAUAUCUCCCUAACACGGACAUUUCGAUUUGCCUGGAAGAUGUUAUCAAAAUACGAGACGAGUUCUUAGCAAAGGAGUUACAACAACACCACGAAACACGUCAAGAUGACAAAAUUCGAGACAUAACAGACGCAUUAUUGGCUGCAUUCGAAAAGGAAAAACUACGAAACACAAAUACGGAUAUUCGUUCGUACCACGAUAUUAAGUAUUUACUGGUUGAUAUAGUUAUAGGUGCUACCGGUACCAUUACAUCAACUUUAACGUGGAUGAUUGUUUUUUUGGUCAUAAAUCAAAAUGUCCAGAAGAAACUUCACCAACAACUCGAUGAAACAAUAGGUAGACAUAGAUUACCGUGCUGGAAAGAUGCUGAGAAUCUCCCUUACGUACUUGCAACUAUCUGUGAAACAAUGAGAUAUUCCGUCUUCAUCCCCUGUCUUCCUCGCAAAGCAAACAGGGAUACAAUUAUUCGAGGCAAGAUUAUUCCAAAAGAUACCGGGGUUCUUAUCAAUCUAUGGCAUAUUUAUACAAAUCCAAAAGAUUGGGAUGACCCAGAGUCAUUCAAGCCAGAAAGAUUUCUUGAUUGUGAUGGCAAAUUUAUUGGUUGGAAUACCCUGAGUAAUUUUAUCCCAUUCGGAGCAGGGCGUCGUGCGUGUGUUGGUCAAUCAUUAGGCAAGAUGGAUACAUUUGCAGCUGCUUCAAGAAUGUUACAUCAAUUUCAUUUCAAUGUUUCACCCGGAGUACCAGCACCUACCCGUGAAGGUGUGACUGGGUUGAUACGAUUACCUAAACACACAAUAAUAUCCGCUCAUCCUCGUGACUAAGCUGUGUACGCUCUAGGACGUUGAUUGAUAAAACUCUUUAACGAAAAUGCAUAAGAUAAACUUUGAUUUCGUUUGACUGUAUUGUUA